AUGAUCAUGUCCCAAUCUAUCUCGCGAUGGGCUACCCUCGUAGUCCUGUUAUGUCUCGGCUUCACCCACGCCCACACCGUCAUCACAUACCCCGGCUACCGAGGGAACAACCUACACACCAACGGCACCGUCCAAGACACGAACGGCCUCGGGGUUGCGUAUGAUGCGCAGAACAAGUCAUUGGUCUAUCCCUAUGGCAUGGAGUGGAUUUAUCCCUGCGGCGGCAUGCCCACAUCAACCAACCGAACCAAAUGGCCCGUCAAAGGCGGCGCCAUCGCCAUCCAACCGGGUUGGUUCCCAGGCCACGAAACCGCCUUGAUCUACAUCAAUAUCGGCCUGGGCGAGGUCCCCGAGAACAUGAGCCACAACGUCGUCCAGCCCUUCCAGAUCAGUGGCCCGUCCAACGAGCCAUACCCGGGUACAUUCUGUCUGCCGCAGGUUCCUUUGCCGGCGAAUCUCAGCGUGAGCCCUGGCGACUUUGCGACGAUCCAGGUGGUGGAGGCGGCGCAGCACGGCGCAGCACUAUUUAAUUGCGUCGAUAUCGAGUUCGCCGACGUCCACGACCCGAACAUCACCAAGAUCACCGAGGACAACUGUUUCAACUCCAGCGACAUCUCCUUCCAAUACAUGUUCACCACGAGCUCCAUCGGCUCUGGCGCCGCUAUGCUCCAGCCGCCGCGGCAUUCGAUCCUAGCAUUGAUACCGCUCGUACUGGCGGCGGGCUUUGGCGCGCUAAUGUAG